UGUUCCUCCUCUUCAUCCAUCAUAAAUUAAGACUCGUGAGUACCAAUACAGAGGAACGGAUUCUCUCUCUCCCCCUCCCAAUUAAUUGCCAGUAAAUAUCCAUGUGACUGUUAGGUGCUGCACAAACCUAAACAACAUGACCAUGGAUCGAGCCAGUCAGAGCAGCUCCGAUUCCCCGACCCGAGACCUGAAAGUGGUGUCCAUCGAGUGCCUCCGGGGAAGCGCCAAAUCCGAGGAAUGGUCCGGGGACAUGCUUCAGUCCGGCGACAUAGUCGAGGAGCUCCGAAUCGGAUCGUCCGUCAACUCCUUGAUCCGAUUCAAAGCGCCUUUCAAGAACGGCAGGAACGGCGUCAACAAGAUCCUCCAGGAGUCGUUUAAGAAGAAGGACACCUCCAUAGUGGUUCGGGUCCGCCGUGGGCCUCAUGAGUUUGCUGAAUUGCAGGCCUGUAUCGUUCCUCACGACAAGAAGCAGUUCGUCCUCCGCUCUAUUACUGAUCCCAAUUACGUGGUCGGCUUCUUGGAUCGCACCGAGGCCGAAUGCUUCCAGCUUCAAGGUUCAAGAACCACGAGGAUGGUGAAUGAACUAAAUAGGACCCGACCUCAAGACGGGUAUGUGUCGUAUUCAUGGGAGAGGAAGAUGCAGGAGUUGUUGCCAGUUCCCAAUUCUAGCAACUUCCUUUCCAUACUAUUCCUUCCAAAAGCUUCCGAUCGUGCAGUUUCUCGCUAUAAUGAUCUAGAAGACACGUUGGCAAGGGCAAAUGCAUGGCUUCAAGCUGCUCAGUCUUCAGGGGUUCCUAUUGUCUUCAUCAAUAUCCAAACCGAGUCCCUGCUUACCAAGAUCUCUGGAGAGACGGCGUCGUCAACUGUGAGUGCCGGGUCAUUAUCCGACUUGGCAAACCUCGCAAAUGCAAGCCUUUACGGUUUUGAGGAUUAUCAUGGGGUGGAUAUAGGCGUUGUUCGAGCAGUUCGACUGUGGUACGCUCCGAUUGGAGAGGAGUUCCCAAUUGAGAUCAAACUAAAAGAGAGCGACACAAAGCUUGGGUUUGCCAUUAGUCGCACAGAAGAGGGAUUUAUUUUCAUCUCUUCAGUGAUUAAUGGUCAAGAAAAUUUACCUGCCACACGGUCAGGGCUCAGCAAUUUGUACCAGCAAGCAUCAGAUACUUCAAGGUUAUUGGUAGUUUCAAGAGUUUCAAAUCAGAAAGUGCUUCCAUGGUUGGUUUCAUCUACAGGAGCCAUUCGUUGCUUCGACACAGUUUCAUUGAGCCAGAAAUUGUCCUUGCAUAGACACGCCAGUGCUCCUAUUCUAAUGCACGUCUUCCUGUGGGACCCAACAUUGGCUUCUACAAGUGGAGAGAGCACCAGAUUCAGAGAUCAGUCUCCGUUACCAGAUGAAGCUCAAUUCCCAACCCAUGAUUCCGAUGAUAUAGAAACUCAGGAAUUGUUCCCACAACUAUCUGCUGCAGGUGAAGUUAGCAGCAGUGUUGGAUCAGAGUCCAGGCUCCAGAGGGAUACUGCCGGCGACCUUUCCUUCAGAUUCCAUGACUUCUCCAUCUCCAGCAAUUGGGUCUGAUGUUUCUUCUAUCACCUCUUCUCCCCUUGUUUUCCCUCCUUAUUCAUUCUGCUAACUUGUUGGGAAAAUGCUUGACAUUCUUGAUACGUUCCCUCAGGGAAUAAAAACAACAGUGUAGUGUUACUGUGAUUGCUUAUAUACCUAGCAUAAAAUCGGAUGCAUUCGCCAUCUUA